UCUCCUCUCUCCCCCCAGUCAACCCAUGCUGCUAUUACCCCUGCCAGCACCUGGGCGUGUGUAUGCGUAUCGGCCUGGAAGGCUACAAGUGUGACUGCACACGGACGGGGUACUUCGGGGCCAACUGCACCUCACCUGAGCUCUGGACACGCCUACGUGACCUGCUGAAGCCCAGUCCUGCCUUCUACCACUUUGUCCUCACCCACUUUAGGUGGUUCUGGGACAUCAUCAACAGCACAUUCAUCAGAGACACGCUGAUGAGGCUCGUGCUCACAGUUCGCGCCAAGCUCAUCCCCAGCCCUCCCACCUUCAACUCCCAGUAUGGCUACAUCAGCUGGGAGGCCUACGCCAAUGUCAGCUAUUACACCCGCAUCCUCCCGCCGGUGCCGGAGGAGUGCCCCACGCCCAUGGGGACCAAAGGGAAGCAGCAGCUCCCCGACGCCCAGCUGCUGGCUCAGCGCUUCCUGCUGCGGCACAAAUUUGAAGCUGACCCCCGGGGCACCAACUUGAUGUUUGCCUUCUUCGCUCAGCAUUUCACCCACCAGUUCUUCAAGACCUCUGGAAAGAUGGGACGCGGUUUCACCAAGGCACUGGGGCACGGGGUGGACCUGGGGCACGUGUAUGGGGACAACCUGCAGCGGCAGCACCAGUUGCGGCUCUUUCAAGAUGGGAAGCUCAAAUUCCAGGUGGUGAAUGGGGAGGUGUACCCACCAUCUGUCACCGAGGCGCCGGUGCACAUGGUCUACCCGCCUGCCAUCCCCAAGGAGAAGCAGCUGGCAAUGGGGCAGGAAGUGUUUGGUCUGCUGCCGGGGCUCUGCAUGUAUGCCACGCUCUGGCUGCGUGAGCACAACCGUGUCUGUGACAUUCUGAAGCAGGAGCAUCCCUCCUGGGGUGACGAGCAGCUCUUCCAGACAGCGCGGCUCAUCCUCAUCGGGGAGACCAUCAAGAUUGUCAUUGAGGACUACGUCCAGCACCUCAGUGGGUACUUCCUGAGCCUCAAGUUUGAUCCUGAGCUGCUGUUCGAGCAGCAGUUCCAGUACCAGAAUCGCAUUGCGGUGGAGUUCAACCAGCUCUACCACUGGCACGGGCUGAUGCCUGACUCCUUCACCAUCCAGGGACAGGAGUACAGCUAUGAGCAGUUCCUCUACAACACCUCUAUGCUCAUGGACUAUGGUAUAGAGGCGCUGGUGGAGUCCUUUUCCAGGCAGAUUGCAGGAAGGAUCGGUGGAGGGCAAAACAUUAAUGCCAACGUAUUGGGAGUGGCCGUUGGAGUCAUCGAGGAGUCGCGGCAGCUGAGGCUGCAGCCCUUCAAUGAGUACCGGAAGAGGUUUGGCCUGAAGCCCUACGUGUCCUUCCAGGAGCUCACAGGAGAGGAGAAGAAGGCAGCAGAGCUGGAGGAGCUGUAUGGAGACAUUGAUGCUCUGGAGUUUUAUCCAGGAUUGCUGCUUGAGAAACCCCAACCCAACGGCAUCUUUGGGGAAAGCAUGGUGGAGAUUGGGGCUCCAUUUUCACUGAAGGGACUUCUUGGGAAUCCCAUCUGCUCCCCAGAGUACUGGAAGCCCAGUACCUUUGGCGGAGCAACCGGCUUCGAGAUCGUCAAGACAGCAUCACUGGAGAAACUCGUGUGCCUCAACGUGAAGAAGUGUCCGUACGUGGCAUUCCGUGUGCCGGAUGCAGUGGCAGCAGGUGAGACCGACAGCAGCCGUGUGGGUGGAGCAUCAUCCCCAGAGCUGUAGCAGCAGCACAGCCCACAAGGCAGCGCUGGGGCCAGUGCUCGGCUCAUCUCGUGCCAACAGAGCAUCCUGCCCUGGGUGGACUCCAGCUCUGCCCCACACCAGCAGGGAGAGGCUGGUGCUCACCUUGGGAAGAGCUCGAGUGCCUGAGGAGACCUCAGCAGACCUAAUCUUCCUACCACUGCCCUCACACUAAGCCAGCUUGGGAGCUCACUUGGUAAAUCCAAGCGUCCCAGGAUGCUCCUGGCCUCUCUGUUCCUCUCCCUCAGCUCCCACUGCCCACUCCUGCUGUGGGGCAUCAUACUCCAGAGAGCAUACAGCACACAGAGCCUUCCCGGCCUCACUGGGGAGGAUGUGCUGCAGAUGCGCUGCAGGCCGUGCUCUCACCUGGUUCUCCACAGCAGCCCUUCUCUGCCUUCCAUCCUGCCUGGCACUGGACAGAGGGUGACCAUGCCAGCUGCCCAGCCCUGGGGAGUUCCCAGAGCCCUGUGUCCCCCCCUUGUACUGCUGUCCUGGCAUACAACAGGCUGCUCUUAGCUACCUCUGUGCACAUCACCCUAUAAAGACUCCCCCGCCCUCUGCUCAUUGCACUUUCCUGCAUUAAUAGCUCAGUAAACAACGUUCCAAAGGCACACUGCCUGCUUGACCUGCUCCACAGCACAUGCAGACGUAAGCCCUCCCCAACAGCAUGACGUGAUCACUGGCAGCCAGGGCCUCUGGCCUUGGUCCCAGCCAGAUCUCAGAAAAUGGACCUCUAAAAUAAACAAUGUUAAAAACCA